CCACCGCCCACUUCUCUUUCUUUUUCUUUCUCUUUCUCUUUCUCCUUCACUCACCAGACUCUUCUUCACCAUUUUUUCUCCCCAAAUCUAAAUCCUAAAACCCUAGCCCCAAACCAAGUAUUGCAAGCUCCAAUCCAUCUCCAGCGACGACACGAGGAAGACGAUUUCUGUUUUCGGCAAUCGAGACUCGCGCGGCCAAGCAAGAGCAGCCGUUAUUAUGGGAAAGAAGAAAUCAGAUGAGGGUUCUACGAAGGCUAAGCAGGGCGGUAAGGAGAAGCUCUCAGUUUCUGCAUUGCUUGCCAGCAUGGAUGCAAAACCUGAUAAACCAAAGAAAGCUGCUUCUAGUAAGCCCAAGACAAAAGUUGCUCAGAAAGUCUCGUCUUAUACUGAUGGGAUAGAUCUUCCUUCAUCUGAUGAAGAGGAAGAUGUGUUGGACUCUGAGGAAGAGCAAAAGCAGAAUGAUAUUCAGAAAAAGCAAGGACGGCAGAAUAGAAGUGCUGCAACACUUGACAUAAUUGUGAGUGACAAAGAGUUGAAGAAACGAGAAAAGAAGGAUUUUUUUGCUACUCAGGCUGCAGAGUUAGCCAAGCAGGAGGCCCUCAAGGAUGAUCGAGAUGCAUUUACUGUUGUAAUUGGUAGCCGGGCUUCUGUUCUUGAUGGUGGAGAUGAUGCUGAUGCCAAUGUCAAAGAUAUAACAAUAGACAAUUUCUCAGUUUCUGCUCGUGGGAAGGAACUGUUGAAGAAUGCAUCAGUAAAGAUUUCUCAUGGGAAGAGAUAUGGACUGGUAGGUCCCAAUGGAAUGGGUAAGUCUACCCUAUUAAAGCUUCUUGCUUGGAGAAAGAUACCUGUACCUAAAAACAUUGAUGUGCUUUUGGUUGAACAAGAGGUUGUUGGUGAUGAUAGAUCGGCCCUUGAAGCAGUUGUUUCUGCCAAUGAAGAACUCAUUAAACUUCGUCAAGAUCUACUAAAAACCUCGUGGAGGCUCGUUCUAAUUCUCCCAAAAUUUAAUUAUUAUGUAGUUACAUAUAGACAGCAGGAAAAGGUCAAGGACCGAGCCAAAUUUGCUGCUGCCAAGGAAGCUGCAAAGAACAAGGGUAAAGGGAAGGUCGAUGAAGAUGAUACCUUACCAGAGGCCCCUCAGAAAUGGAGAGAUUAUACUGUGGAGUUCCAUUUCCCUGAACCCACUGAGUUAACGCCACCACUUUUGCAGCUGAUUGAAGUUAGCUUUAGCUAUCCUGGUCGAAAUGAUUUCAGGCUCUCUAAUGUGGAUGUUGGCAUUGAUAUGGGGACCCGUGUUGCAAUUGUCGGGCCCAAUGGAGCUGGGAAAUCGACCUUGCUCAAUCUUCUUGCCGGAGAUAUAGUUCCAACUGAGGGUGAAGUAAGGAAAAGUCAAAAAUUGAGGAUUGGUAGAUACUCACAGCACUUUGUGGAUCUACUGACAAUGGAUGAAACACCAGUUCAAUAUUUGCUUCGUUUACAUCCAGAUCAAGAAGGGCUGAGCAAGCAGGAAGCUGUUCGUGCAAAGCUUGGUAAGUAUGGACUUCCCAGCCACAACCACCUGACUCCAAUCGCAAAAUUAUCUGGAGGGCAGAAAGCACGUGUAGUUUUCACUUCCAUAUCCAUGUCCAAGCCACACAUUCUGCUAUUAGAUGAACCAACCAAUCAUUUGGAUAUGCAAAGUAUUGAUGCAUUGGCAGAUGCCCUUGAUGAGUUCACUGGUGGAGUCGUCCUAGUUAGUCAUGACUCGAGACUUAUAUCACGUGUUUGUGAAGAUGAAGAAAAAAGCGAAAUAUGGGUGGUAGAGAAUGGAACAGUGGAGGCUUUCCCAGGAUCAUUCGAGGAUUACAAGGAGGAACUUAUCAAGGAAAUUAGAGCAGAGGUUGAUGACUGAUUAGGUUCAUAUCCUACAUAGAUUGAUUUUCGAAACUACUUAAUAAGAUUUGCCAUUGGUUUUCUUUCAAGUUGGUGAACUGACUAGAUAAGUAAAUUUGGAGUGUAAUCAUUUUACGGGUGUUGGUAAUGCGUAAUCACUUUUACUUGUAAUUGUACCAUUUACCUAUAUUUUUUGGUGGUUAAUCACAUCAAGUUUUGGUGCUAAUCUACUUCGUUUGA